GUUUACCAACUAUUUAGAUGCAGAUUGCAAGUUGUUGCUUUUUUCUUCCCGUAAACAUCAAAAACUACCUCUUGCAUAUACUGAAUUAUUUAUCCAAAAGACAGGAUUGAAGAAGAAUGAAGGGUUAACUUGAAUUGUAAAUGGUGUGAUUUAACUUUUAAUUCCUUCACUUGAUGAUAUUUUUUUAAUUCAUAUUUUUAAUACAUGUCCCUUCCUGUAUAAACAAUAUGCGCGUCUGAUUACACGCCCAACUUCCGGUAUUAGUCAACCUGCCAAAGACUUAGACGACUCUAGAACGUCAUGGUCGACUGGCUUCUGUCUAGUUUGUUUUGGUGGUUUUUCCAGUGAUAAAUUAUAUAUCGAGAGCAUUCCUUUGAUAAGUAUCGACUCUGAUUUCAAGACUUCGUCAUUGUCCUAAAGUUUCAAACGAUUUAGGACACAGGGAAAGUAUCGAUCAAGUUAUGAAUCUUGACUUGUUAUAUGCCGCAUCGAAGAUUGCCUACUAUGUCUUAUUGAUUCUUUAUCAUGGCGUUGACCUUGUCAUGGAUUGGUAUAGUUUUAACAUUUUACUAACGAAUGGGACGAUUUCAGGAGUUCCAGCUGACAGUAUUACUGUGAGAAUUCUUUUCGGUUUCAGUUGUGCUUUUUGCACAAUAUUUACGGCAGCUUUGUUUUGGGUUUAUGCUAAUUACAUAAAGUAUCAUUUUCUCUGUGCUUACGUCGCUGUCUACAAGCACUACGGGCCAUUAGGCCCAGCUGAGGGAAGUGAGAGUAUACAGAUACCCGAUGAGACAAAUCAAGAGAAUGUCUUCCUAUUUGCCGAGAAUGGGCAAAACACAAUCAAACCCCGAUAUAUCUUGGCGGAACUGUUUUUAUCUGUGGCGGAAUUGGUGUUGAAAGACGAUAUUCAGUCUGGAUUAUUAUUCUGGGUGUCUAGGGUGUUCACGUUUACUCAUGCCUUGAGCUGGCAUUCACUAUUAUUUUCACUUUGCAGUAUUGUAGCUCACUUAAAGCUGUUUAUAUGUUUCGCAACGAAGCUUUUCCGUUUGGGCGAGGGUGAGGCAGGCGGUGAUCGCAGGUGGGAUUUUAAAUGUGUCCUCUGCGUUUUUGGCUGUCUUGGAUCAGCGAUCUUCGAGGGAUUGACAGUUUCUUAUUUAGUUAAGGCGUUGAAGGCUUAGAUUUAUGAUGAAGGAUUGCACGUCAGGGAUUAUAACAGCUUGGACUGCACACAAAUUAGGGAUUCCAUUGUACUGAACGUAAACACAAAGCUCAAUAAUGCUUAUAUGCUUAUGAUUAUGAUAAGUUGGUAGCAUAAUUGCUGAGCACAAAUAGUAAUCAAGUAGCUAUGUUAAAAAAAAAAUUGGGAAAAAAAAUAAUAAAAAAAUAAAGCACUGAUAGACAUUCGAUUGCGUUAUAUUCAGUUUCUGGGAACGGUGCAUUAGUUGAUUUGGAAGGGAUUCCAGUUAUAUAAAUAAUUUCCAUUCUUAUCCAAACUCGGCCUCUUCAAUUUGAGUUCUCUUCAAGACUUAUCAACACGAUAACUUACUGUAUAACUGAUCCACCACAUCUAUGAGCUCGAGAAUUUACGGUACAAGCAGUGAUCUAUAAUCCAAUAGUCCUCUAUUUAUGCAUUUGCCUUCUCCAGCUAUUUUUGUCAAUUGACGAAGUUUUAAGCAACCAUUUGCAAUUGAAUGCGUGCUCACUUUCUCAUAAUUUGAAA